AUGCGUUCGAGCUUGGCACGAAUGUAUAACGGAAAGUGGCCUACAGAGCCGCAAAUAGAUGGAAAGCAAAAUCUCCUAGGUGAAGAUCAUAAAGAAUUGCAUACUAGACCAAGACGAGGACAAGAUGAUGUUCGAGGCAGUAAUAGAUCUGCUGGAUACAGCAAUAGUGGAACUUUUGGUAUUGGUGCGACGAAUACAGGUGCAACAACUGCUGUCAACAGUGCCGGGAAGACUAACCUUGUUGAAGAUGCGAGGGAGGCAACUUUAAGUGAUAGCAAUGACGAAAUGUUUUACAGGCGUUUUCUGUCAGACAAUGCGGCGAGAGCACAGGCAACAUCAGAUGCAUAGACGACGUCGAGAGGCAUUGAGAAGAAGCAGAUAAUAGGUAGCAGUGAAGAGGGAACAUCACCCGCCACCUUCACUUCUUUUCGGGCACGCAUUGAAAAGCUUCGUCUCUUCUAUCGUCGUCUGGUGGAACGACUACCCACAAAGGAGGCGCCAGCACAUCGAAGCUUAAAAUUAACCACAGCGGUGACUCAAGUAAACCCAAAAAAGCCAGAGCAGCUGCACUAAGCGGUGGAGCUACAACUAGUAGUAUCCCAGAAUCCUCUUCAUCGUUGCCGCAGGAUCUUCAGAGUAGCAUCUCAUCGGCAGGACGUGCGCCUCCGCUUGUAUACGCGAACAGCCGUGAUGCGGCACCUUGGCCAGGUGGAAGCUCGAGUGAGGCGUCUAACCCUCCGGAAAACCAGCAGACCACCUCCCUGCGACAAAAGGAGUCACCGCACGUUGAAGACGAGCAUGGUCAGGAGGAAUCACCAGAACAACGCACCCUGAUUCGAAGCGCAGGCUGCACAAAACUGCCUCCUGGGAGCCUCCUGGCCCUCGCAUCAAAACAGUUAGAGGACUCCAGAGUGAAAGACGGGACGAAAUCAAGUAGUCCAUCUUCUUGGUUGGCUCCCGCAACGGAUGACCUUGAAGAUGAUACGAAACUUGAACACAACAGACAUCAGGAAAAGAAGCACACGUCUAUUUUCCCGAGCUCCACCAGAAUUGCAACGUCUUCAUGGGCAGCGCAGCGAAAGCAACAUGCGCCAGGUAGUUCUAGUCACCAGUCUCGACAGGUCAGAGGAGGGACCUCUGCAGCAGCGGGCUCGGUAAUUGACGCUACCUUCGCUAUUGAUUUUCCCGCUGAGUUAGAUUCUGGCUUGCCCAGGCCAGACGCUGAUACUGCGGUAAUGUGGCUGUCGCGAGCGCGAACUGCUCAGGCUAUACUCGGACCUGAAAUCGAAAAGCGUACCCGGCUUCUGCUAUGCGAAGAACAAAAAAACGAAACAGGAACUGUCUUGUCUUCCUGUACAAAUUUCACCUCUUCUCCGCAGGAUUCCGAGGACCAGCAGAGGAAUUCUGCUGCAGCAUCACAGGCGAUUUCACAAGCCCAGGCCGGUGCCGCGUUUUGUAGCGCUUUCGCAUCGGGACUGAGUGCGACCCAGUUCGACGCGACAAGUCGUGGCAGUGGCGACGCACAGAACAGGCAGAUGAAGUCGGCCUCAUCUUCCUCGUCCAGCUUUGACUUGUACAAGGCGAAACUUCUGCAGACUUGCGAGCCAAGCGUGGCGUUAUUGAUACGGACAUUGCGAGGACGGUCUUGCUAAAACUGCAAGAGCAUCAAGAGCAGGCACAAGCGCAACAAGAGACAGCGACGAAGGCCAAAGUACUGCCUGCUGACCCCUUCGCCAACACUCCGUACAUAAGCGGCGGAAAAACAAUCGGCAGGCCUAGUAGAGUAGGCAGAAGUCAUGACUCGAGCCUUCCACUGGGGCCGGGAGAAUCGUCACCCGGUGCUGGCUCUCCGUCUCCAGGUGCAGAAGCAGAACGAGUUUCCAAUCCGAGCUUAGCGGCGUCAUCUGCGACGCCGACCCGGAUCAAAAAACACGGGUUACUGCGUGACAACAUCAACAGAGAACAUUCUCCUGCAAUGUCUGGUUACUCAACGCCCAUUUCCGCUCAAACGGAAAAUCGCCAAAAUCAGCGUUUGCACGCCGCCGAAGCACAAACCCCCUCAAGUGGUCAACAUUCAUCGUCAAGAACAGGACUGUCGCCGAAACACGACCCCUUUCUCCUGCAGGAGUCCUCUCCUGCCUGCCGAGGGAAUCCGUUGCCUACGUCGUCGGGCAUUGGGCUGAAAACAGCAGACAUCCGUAUGGAGACGGACUUUUCGUCCCCGCACGCGCGCCAAAGACUCCGUGCUGCGGUUGACAGAAUUAUGGCCGUAGCGGCUGGACGCGGUCGCGCAGAAAAACCCGUGGAGAGUGAUGAACAACAGAAGGAGGCCGAUGAUAUGCUUCGGAAGACCUACAAUUUGAGCGAGCUACAGGCUCAGGUAUGGAUGCUACGGCGCAUUUUACUGGACUACAUGGCGAUUCCUGACAACACCCUGCAGUACACGCAAGGCAUGACCCAUUUUGUGUAUGCGCUCAUGCUGUCGGUAAAGUUUGCCAAUGAGGAGGCUUACUUUUGGCUUCUGUUGUUCUUCCUGGAAGAACAACCGAUAAUGCCGAAUACAGCAGGCACCUCUUCAGAUGGUGGCUCUCGACUAUAUGCCGCCGAAAAACUUGCAUCUUCGCGCUUUCGCGAACAGCCGCUACCGAGAUCGAAUCUCGCGAGAUUCACGCUAGCUACAGUGUCAAACCCUCUCCUGCUUGAUGAUGUAGACGAGAGCGAGACGCCGCGCCCACGAGAUUAUUAUGCCGGAGGAGGUGAUGAAGGUGCAACUGAUGCGAGCGCAACUACCCGAGCAGCUGGGACUUCUCUCUUCCUGUGGAAGGCCCAGAUAUCCGGUCAAAUCGAUCAGAACAGCGUGUCGGUGUGGGCGCAUCUCCCACGCCAACCAGUGACGAACCGCUAGUUGUAUUUGGUCUACGCAUGCGCAGACUUUUCACUCCGAGUCUUGUCAAAACGUACGCGCCCGUCUUGUUUUACGCCGUGGCACUCGCCAUGUUUCCUAGCUCUACUGCCAGGAGGUACGGAGCAGAAAAUCUUCAGCGAGCUGCACUAUCGCCGAACCCUUUACCCGGCAAUUACGAUGACGCGGGCCUGGCCGUCCAGGGCGAAAAAAUCAAGGGCACCCUCGUGUUCCGUGAUACGAGCAGAGCGCGUGGCUAUGAACUAUCGCGAGGCCGUGAAGACGCUGGUCUUGCCUAUUCCAGCGAUCGCCUAAUCAAUGAGUUCGCAUAGCAGUUCGCUCGCUUCGUCGAUGAGAAGGCGCAUGGGCUGCGGCAUGUCCAGCGCAAGCCUCGUUGAACCAGACACGCUACCCUCAUCUUUACGCCUCCCGGAAAAUUCGGUGCGCGGUGAAGAUGAUGGCCUGAUCAGUGACGCCCUUGCUUCAUCCACGACAUCACGUCCAACUCCCAAGGGAUUUGAAUGCAAGAACAACGCGCCACCUUCGCAUCUCUCGGGGGAAGCCGGCCGAAGAACGGCUGCAACAGCCGCAUAUUCGAGUCUAUUUGAGCUAGAGGGCGAGGAAACUGAGAUCGCGAUGCCGGAAUCCUUGCUGGCCUGUCCCGUACGAGAUCUGCAGGAAGGCAGUUGUGGAAGCUUUUUCUUCGACUACACCUCCGUGAUCCCAAGCUCGACCGUUGAUGCCGGACCUCCUGCAUCUUCUUCGUGCCAUGUCUGUUGUCCUACAACGCCCCAGGGAGAUAAGCCUCCGCAGAAAAAUAGCGAACCAUUUGCAUCGUCGAGCGAACGCGGGACGUCAAAAUCGAGAUCGCUGCCAUCUCCCGACCAUGUGCUUAAUGAUAAGGUAGAGCUUUUACUGACCCAGUACUUGAAGAGCGUGUAUCAAAAAAAAUUAACAAUUUACAUAAAAAACGUAAACCUAUCGUUCUACUCAUCUCGAUUACAACGAGAAUUAUAGAGAGUGUGAGUGUAGCUGCAUGGACUUGAUAACUUCCCUUUUUUUAGAAAACGUCAUGCUUCUCUACUGGGGUCUGUGAAACAGAAAUAAUCCUAGGCAUUGAACCUGAGACCGUUCCACCAUGAUUCUGAGGACCUGCCAGUCUGACAAACUGCAUCAUCUUCAGAGUGAACGCGUUUUGUGAGCCUAGCGUGUUAAAGUGGAUUCCUGCAAAACGAAAUCUGAAUCUGCUCAUAGUUGAGAAGAAG